GGCCACUCCGGUUCGUGUAAUAAAUAUCAGAGAAUAAGGAAGAAAACCAAGUUGUGGGGAAAAACGGUACAAAUCGAAGAACGGCCCCCGGUCUGACGAUGAUCCGAUCUCUUUUUCCGAGAUCUCUGCACUUGUAACUUCACCACAGUUUUCAGGCUCAAGGGAGGCGGUACAACUGAGUGAUGUCUUUUGAGGGAGACAGUAAACAAUGGAUGUGUGGAAAAGGUCGGACAGUGAAUCUUCUCAAAGUCAGUUCUAUUGUUCGCGACAUUGGGGAGCCUCCUUGUCUUCACCAGUUACCUUUACAGGUUGUGACAGCUAUCAACAAGAUGCUUAAACCAGAAAAGUGGCAUGCAACCUUUGAUGAUGACGGGAAGAUUUUUGGUUUUCAGAAAGCAUUGAAGUCGAUUGUGCUUGGAGGUGUUGAUCCAACUAUAAGGGCUGAAGUCUGGGAGUUUCUCCUGGGAUGUUACACUUUAAGCAGCACAACAGAGUAUAGGAAGCAAUUGAGGAUUGCAAGGAGGGAACGGUACAAGGAUCUUGUCAAGCAAUGCCAGAUGAUGCAUUCAAGCAUCGGGACUGGAUCACUUGCCUAUGCUGUGGGGUCCAAAGUCAUGGAUAUGAGAACAAUGUCUAAAGAAGAUGGGACGAGUGAAGCUGAUGUCAGCAGUAGAAGGGCUUCCAAUAAUAAUAAUAUAGAAAAAAUAGAAACUUACUGUGAUUCAGAUUAUAAUUGUACAGAUACUUCACAUGCUUGCCCUAGAGAAAGCUCUAGUGAUUCAGUAGACCUUUCAGAUAUGAGAGAAAGCACAGAUGGUGCACCAUUUGAAUCUUCUUGCUAUAUACCUUCUUCCAGUUCAUGCAACUGCAGUUCAAUAAAACCAGGAAGUGCAGAGCAUGGUUCCUUAUUUGUAGCUGAAAGCUAUAGUGAUUUUCCACCUUUACCUGUCACAAAUUUGUUUGAGAAGAGCAGCAACAAUGAAAAGGUACCUCGGUCACACGAUGAUAGAAUUUCUGGCAGGCGUAAGUUGAGAUUUGAAGAUGAUCAUGUGUACAAUUUCCAAAUAAAUAACAAUGUUGAUUUAAUUAUGGAAUCCAAAAAAUCAUCAUCUAGUGACAUGCAACAUGGGGACCAGUCUGAAAUUGAAAUGGCUCACCCUGAUGUCUGUGAAUCAAUAUCAAGGUUUAGCGAUUCACUAUAUGAAGCAGAAAUAGUAAACAGACUAAGAGUCUCAGGUGCCUCUGAUGUGGCAGAUACAAAUGCAACCACUUCUCAGGGAGGUGCUGCUGACGAAGAAAAAGUAUCAGAAUGGCUAUGGACACUGCACCAAAUUGUUGUUGAUGUGGUACGCACGGAUAGUCACCUGGAGUUCUACGAGGACACAAAAAAUUUAGCUAGAAUGGCAGAUAUACUUGCUGUUUAUGCGUGGGUUGAUCCUGCGACAGGUUAUUGUCAAGGGAUGAGUGAUUUGCUCUCGCCCUUUGUAGUGCUCUUCGAGGAUGAUGCUGAUGCAUUUUGGUGCUUCGAAAUGCUUCUUAGGAGAAUGCGUGAAAACUUCCAGAUGGAUGGACCAACUGGUGUGAUAAAGCAGUUGCAAGCAUUGUGGCAUAUCUUAGAAGUCGCAGAUAAAGAGAUGUUUGCUCAUCUAUCACAUAUAGGUGCAGAGAACCUUCACUUUGCGUUCCGGAUGCUGCUAGUACUUUUCCGACGGGAGAUAUCUUUUAAUGAGGCUCUUUGUAUGUGGGAGAUGAUGUGGGCUGCUGAUUUUGAUGAAUCAUUAGCAUGUCAUUUGAACGAGUCUUGCCCGAAAUUGUUAACUAUACAAAUUCACAGAGAAUCAGUUGCAGAUACAGUAAAGGAAAGUAGCGAGCAUCACAAUUGCAGCUCCAAGGGGAGAUCACACAUGAAACCUAAAAGUCUAGAACAAUCAAUUUUAGAAAACGGAAUAAAAACUGUGCCAACACAUCCCUUUUGUGGGUUGACAAAGAACUUGUGGUCAAAAAAUGAUCAGUUCCAAAUCUGCACUAUUAUUUCUUCAACAAAAAAUGGUGACGAUGAAUUACCAGUUUUCUGUGUCGCAGCAAUUCUAAUACUGAACAGACAAAAGAUCAUCAGAGAAACCCACUCAAUCGAUGAUUUGAUUAAGAUAUUUAAUGAUAACAUGCUGAAGAUCAGGGUCAAGAGAUGUGUUCAAACUGCUAUCAAACUCCGAAAGAAAUAUUUCUACAAGUUGAUCAGAAAUAGGAGUUCGGCAGCACGAGCUGGUGAUGGUUCCUCUGUUUCCCAUGGAUGACCAGGGGUUGAGCUUGGGAUACCAAUUUUGAAUCAUGUGACAAUAACGUUCUUUUGUACUUUUAUAUUAGGAAAAUUAGAUACCAAAAUGCUUACAUGGGAUAGAGAGUCGCCCUCCCUUAUCUCCUGCAGAAUCUAACUACUUUAUUUCAAGGUACGGCUAAAUAAUGUAUAGAGAAUUUCUUAUGCGCAAAGGUAGAGGGGAAAGAAGAGAUGAUAAUAGCUGAAAGUCAGAUACAUGUUGAAUUUUCGGACAUCUUCUACAACUUUUUAGAUAAUAUCUGUACUCGGCAUCACUUCAGUAUGUACAUCCUACUACAACCCACCAUGUGCCCUUGCUAAGUUACUCCAGUUCUAGUUGAGUAUCCUCCACAUGAUCACUUCUCCAUAUUUCUUUGUUUCUAAUUGUUAUCAUUGCACCGUUUCUGGAUUGCAAUUAUUAAAGUAGAAUCUAAUGUUGUAUAUAAUAGAACACAACAAAUUUUCGAGAGUAAAAUGGAAUAGGUGCUUUCCAUUUUUUUUUAAUUUUUAUCUUUAUAGAAGUACUACAAUGUUACUCCAUCUUGAAUUCCCUCUUUCAAGAGUGAUAUGUUACCACUCAUAGAUGGCUUGUACUA